UAAACUGGCAAAAGGUUUACAAAAGGAACAUUUCACUUUCGUAACCUGUUUCUUUAAAAGAAUCGAAUAACUCUAAAUUUACACUUUCUAAAUAACAUUUCGACUAAAACAAUGACCAGUGAAUUUUCAUUUACCCCAGAAAUUGCGAAAGCUGUUUUAACUGACAUUUUAACAGCGUUAAAUACGCCUGAAAAUACUCAAAAGAUUGCAGAAGCCAAAGAGAACUCUGGGAAUGAAAUGCUAAAAAUGAUGCAGUUUGUAUUUCCUAUCGUUGUUCAAAUACAAAUGGAUGUUAUUAGGAAUUAUGGUUUUCCAGAGGGGAGGGAAGGUACAGUUCAAUUUGCACAACUACUCAGAAUCUUAGAGAGGGAACAUCCUGAGAUUGCACAAUUACACAGUCAGGUUCGUUCAUAUUUUCUUCCCCCAGUUACAAUAAGUUCUUCAACCGAAGCAUCUUUAUGAAAUAAAGUAAUUUCCAUGUACAAGAAUUUUUUUAUUUAUGUUCAUGUAAAGAAUCGUACAAGCUGCUUCUGUAUCUAAUAUAAUAAAACAUACCUAAGGGAUCUCUUCAAA